CUUCCUUCACUUUGGGCCAGGAGGAGGGAGGCAGCGGGAUUGUCGACCCCAAGAAACAGAUCCUAAAAUUCGAAAUAAAGGGGGGCCCCCCUAAAAGUAUACUUUCACCUCCUCCUGCAGAACCAAAUCCAGCAGCAGGAUUCCGACACCUAUUUGCCGACCAAAGAAUAUGCAUCUAGAAAUUAAAGUCGCCCUCAAUUUCAUAAUUUCAUAUCUCUACAAUAAGCUUCCGAGAAGAAGAGCAGACCUGUUUGGGGAGGAGCUUGAACGGCUUUUAAAAGGCAAAUACGAAGGUCACUGGUACCCUGAGAAGCCCCUUAAAGGAUCUGGCUAUCGUUGUGUUCACAUUGGCGAAACUGUAGAUCCAGUGGUAGAGCAGGCAGCACGUCGGAGUGGGCUGGACAUAGAAGAUGUUCGAGCAAAUGUCCCAGAAGAACUAAGUGUUUGGAUUGAUCCAUUUGAAGUGUCGUAUCAGAUUGGCGAGAAAGGAUCUGUAAAAGUGUUGUAUCUGGAAGAUGUCGAGAGUAGCAAUGAGUUGGACAAAGAAAUAAAGAGCAGCUUCAAUCCUGAGGCUCAGGCUUUCAUCCCAAUAACAAACCAGGAGGCUUCUCUGUCCAACUCGCCAUCACCAUCUUUUGGCCAGUCUCCAAGCCCCACUUUCAUCCCUCGUGCCACCCAGCCUAUUACUUUUACUACUGCAACCUUUGCAGCCACAAAAUUUGGGUCUACCAAGAUGAAAAAGGGAGGUCAGCGCAUAGCAAGGUCACCCACCAAUAACCUUGCGAAGCAUAAGGGCCUCUCCUUGUCAAUGCAUUCAUUAAAUUUCAGUCCAGCACAGGGUCCCCCAUCUCAGCUCUCCCCCAAUGCCAAGGAGUUUGUCUUCAAUGGAGCCCCAGGGCUUUUUUAUGAUGGUGACAGCCAGAACCUUGCAAGCCCUGGCCAGUUUGCUACUCCCUUCAAUGCUGGGAGCAAUCUCUUUUCUGAUAAAUCCCCUUUUGUGGAAGGUUUGAACUUCAACCUUCCUUACCCAAGCCAGCCCUUCCAGCCUGUAGUCCUGGCAAAUUAAGGUUAUUUUGAAUAU